GAACUAGCAGCGAGGUGUGCAGAGGCAAAGGGUGGAUGGAGGGCAUGGCCCCUGCUGGGCUCUCCGGGCCUGAGGAGGCAGCUGGAGAAUCCUUGUUUCAUGACUGCUUAUUCAGACCUGAGUCAGGGUCUGUCCAGGUGGGCCUGGAUGGGGUGCGCUUCCUGGAGCAGCAGAACAAGCUGCUGGAGACCAAGUGGCAGUUCUACCAGAACCGCCAGUGCUGCGAGAGCAACCUGGAGCCCCUGUUCAACGGCUACAUCGAGACGCUGAGGCGGGAGGCUGAGCGUGUGGAGGCCGACAACAGGAGGCUGGCCUCGGAGCUCAGCCGCGUGCAGGAGGUGCUGGAGGGCUACAAGAAGUAUGAAGAGGAGGUUGCCCUGAGGACCACAGCAGAGAAUGAACUUGUCAGAAUCAAGCAGGAGGUUAACUGUGCCUACGUGCGCAAGGGAGACCUGGAAGCCAGUGCCCACAGCCUGAUAGAGGAGGUGGACUUCCUGAAGACCCUGUAUGAGGAGGAGAUGAGAAUCAUGCAAGCCCAUAUUUCAGACACCUCGGUCAUUGUCAAGAUGGACAACAGCCAGGACCUGAACAUGGACAGCAUUGUGGCCGAGAUCAAGGCGAACUAUGAUGACAUUGCCAGCCGCAGCCGAACUGAGGCUGAGAGCUGGGACCACAGCAAGUGUGAGGAGAUCAAGGCCACUGUGAUAUGGCAUGAGGAGUCCCUGCACCGCACCAAGGAGGAGAUCAACGAGCUGAACCGCAUGACGAGGCUGAUGGCUGAGGUCGAGAAUGCCAAGUGCCAGAACUCCAAACUGGAGGCCGCAGUGACCCAGGCUGAGCAGCAGGGCGAGGCAGCCCUUAAUGAUGCCCGCUGCCAGCUGGCCGGGCUGGAGGAGGCCCUGCAGAAGGCCAAGCAGGACAUGGCCUGCCUUCUGAAGGAGUACCAGGAGGUGAUGAGCGCCAAGCUGGGCCUGGACAUCGAGAUCGCCACCUACAGGCGCCUGCUGGAGGGCGAGGAGCAGAGGGGGGUGCAGCCAGCACAGCUGGGGCCAGAGCCUCAUUUGCAUAGACCUGGGCCACUUUUUUGCUGCAUACUUCCCCAGCCCCCAUUUCUCCUUCUGCUUCCAUCUUGGAACCCAUUCUGGCCCCCUCCCUUCCCCGAGGAGAGACUAUGGGGAAUAAUCUUAGUUGAGGUCCACUGACUGAUUUCCAAUAGGCUCCUACAUGAUUUAGUUAGGGACAAUGGUUUGCUGGUUCUCUGAGGAAGAAAAGUCUCCAAUUUAUAAUAUUUGCUGAUUUCAGUAGUGUAAAUACUUGUAUCAUGGCUGAUCCCAAGCUACCACUGUGACUUCAUGUAGAGUUGGCUAGAAAUGUACAAAACCGGCUCUGUGAACUGGUAGGAGCUGGUGCCAGAACACCACUGGAUAGGGGGGCAGAAUAAAAAUGGCCUCAGACUGAAAGGGCAAAGAGAAAAAUAUAUUUCUAUUAGAGAGAUGAAAAACCUGUGGCCCAGGGAGACUGGAUUGUUCACAAUGGUAGAGCCAGUCAGUAGGGGUGGGGGAGGCAGUCUGGAGCUAGAUUCCUGGGGGCGGGAGGAGAGAUCUCUGUGUCCUGCUGCAUUUUGGCAGGACCUGCUUCCCAGAGGCAUCUGGGAGAACGUGCCCCUUGUGUUCUUCUGGGACAGAGUUGGGGAGAUGCUGAGCUUUUGGAGGUGCUGGACCCCAGACCUUCUCCUCUGACCUUCUUGGGAAGGACUUGGGUGGCUCCUUAGGUGACUGGGUUCAGAGCUGGUGACCACAUGACUUCUGGGAUCAUUGUCAGGGACUAAUGCCCAGUCCUAAGGCUCUUUUCUCUCCCGUAUCAGGCUGUGUGAAGGCAUCAACGCUGUGAACAGCAGUGAGUAAUUCUGGCUCCGAAGGGGAGACACUGAUGUUAGACAGCAGGAAGAAUGUUUUAACCCUGAGGGUGGAGAGACCCAAGGAGAAGAGCGCCAUUCAUUUCCAGCCACACAGUUACAAAGAGGGAGCUGGUUGACAGGUCAUGUGUGGAAUAAUCCCUCCCUCCAGACCUGUUAGAGUGUCAGUCUUAUUUUUCCCAUCAUAGGAAGCUCUGACUUUCUCCCUGUCCAAACACACUUGUCCAUGCUCCAGGUGUCUUGUUCUGGAUCAAAACAGGUAUUUCAUCAGGGUGGCUGUCCCCAGGGAGGUCUUUGUGCAAUCAGCUACAGAAGAAUAGAUUAAGAAGGGAUUGCGAUCACUCCCUGCCAGUGAGGGUGGGAGUCCCAAGGACAGACCACAUGGAAGCUCACAUUGUCUUUCUCCCGGGAGAUUUGGAUGAGCCAGAGCCAUCCUCCUGGGUGCUCUUGGCUGGUACGGAGGGAGUUGUGUUUGGGACCAGCUCCCCCCAAUCCCCGAAGGUUCUGACUUAUCAUUAAUGUCCCCGUGCAGGUGUGAGCAGUUCCCAGGGCCGUGUCAUAUGUGGGGACCUCUCAGCCGCCCACACCUGUGGCAUCAAGUCCCGUGGGAUGGGAGCCUGUGGCAGCAGCUGUAAGAAGUGUUAAGUUGGCAGGACUUGAGGAGGCACCCAAGACCCCAGCCCAUCUCACCCUCUCUGAGGAUCCCAGCUGGCCCAUCCGCCCAACUCUGCCACGUGCAGCCCGGGGGUGGGAUGCAACUGCUCGAUCUCCUCCUGACCCACCUUCUCUACUAUCCUCUUCUCAUUUCCUGUUGUGUGGGAAUCCCCCCCUCCUUGUCUGCUGCCUCCCUCCAGCUGAGGAAGGCUGCUGCAAGGAGGAGUGACCCAUGGAUGGAUUUUCUUUGAGGAUUCUGGGCUGCCUGAGCCCAUGAAGAGGGCAACCCCUUAGCCCCCCUCCCACCUUCCUUUCCCUUGCAUUCUUGUUCUUCCCUUCCUUUCCCAAAUCUUCUUUCCUCCUUGCUCUCUGUGCUUAAAAUAAAGUC